UAUUCCUUCUUUGGCCUCGUCGGCUCCUCGGUACUAGUCCGGCUAUUGUUGUGUGUCUUUCAGGGCGACCCUGACCCAUCAGCAGGCGGUGAUUUCUGGAUAUUUUAACACUUCUGCCUGGCUCUCACUCCGCCAUAUUAACUAGGCUUUGUGUGGCGGCGGUGUGUCCUCGUUUUUAAGGAAUAUAAAGGAUCCCAGCGGAGGACUUUGGUCUGGUGAAGUAGUCAGUCGGUAUGGGACAGACGGAAGACUGAGAUUCCACGUUAGAGAUUUGAGCUGGUGUCGGCUGUUUCCACUUCUUUGGGCUGUUGACGUGAGAUAAAAAACGUGGAGGAAAUAAAAGGAAAGCUCACAGGACGCAUGUAGCCGAAGUAUUACUCUGCAAAGGUCGCUUAUAAGGCUUGACGAUGGGUUGCGUCAGGAGUAAAGAGGACAAGGGCCCGGCGUUGAAGUACCGACCCGACAACUCAAAUGCCACACCAAUCAACGCCCACCUGGGCCACUACGGGCCCGACCCCACCCUGAUGGGUCAGUCACCAGCUAUGAAGACACACAACAACAGCUACAACAGUCACGCUGCUGCCCUCACACCGUUUGGCGGAGCAUCUUCGGUCAUGACGCCCUUUGGUGGGGCCUCCACCUCCUUCACCUCGGUGGCUGUAAGCAGUCCCUUCCCCAGUGUCAUCACAGGCGGUGUAACAUUUUUCGUAGCACUGUACGAUUAUGAAGCAAGGACGUCAGAUGAUUUGUCAUUCAAAAAAGGGGAUCGCUUCCAGAUCAUCAACAACACGGAAGGCGACUGGUGGGAGGCUCGCUCCAUCAACACCGGACAGAAAGGCUACAUCCCCAGUAACUACGUGGCUCCAGCCGACUCCAUACAGGCUGAAGAAUGGUACUUUGGUAAAAUGGGCCGCAAAGAUGCAGAGCGCCUCUUAUUGCUUCCAGGGAACCAGCGGGGCACUUUCUUGGCACGGGAGAGUGAGACGACCAAAGGUGCCUACUCCCUGUCUAUCCGGGACUGGGAUGAGGUGAAGGGAGACAAUGUCAAACACUACAAGAUCCGAAAGCUGGACAACGGUGGUUAUUACAUUACCACACGGGCCCAGUUUGAGACACUACAGAAGCUCGUGAAACACUACACAGAACAUGCAGAUGGACUGUGCUACAAGCUGACAACUGUGUGCCCCACAGUGAAGCCUCAGACUCAGGGACUAGCUAAGGAUGCUUGGGAAAUCCCACGAGAGUCCCUCCGACUGGAGGUCAAACUGGGCCAGGGCUGCUUCGGAGAAGUCUGGAUGGGCACAUGGAAUGGCACUACUAAAGUGGCUAUCAAGACCCUGAAGCCGGGCACCAUGUCCCCAGAGGCCUUCCUGCAGGAGGCUCAGAUCAUGAAGAAACUCCGACACGACAAACUGGUGCCUCUCUAUGCCGUGGUGUCUGAGGAGCCCAUCUACAUUGUAACAGAAUUCAUGGGCAAAGGUAGUUUACUGGACUUCCUGAAGGAGGGAGACGGUAAAUAUCUGAAGCUGCCCCAGCUGGUGGACAUGGCUGCACAGAUCGCAGACGGCAUGGCCUUCAUUGAGAGGAUGAACUACAUCCACAGGGACCUGAGAGCCGCCAACAUCCUGGUGGCUGAUAACUUGGUGUGUAAGAUCGCCGACUUUGGCCUGGCUCGGCUCAUCGAGGACAACGAGUACACCGCCAGACAAGGUGCUAAAUUCCCCAUCAAGUGGACGGCCCCUGAAGCUGCUCUGUACGGCCGCUUCACUAUCAAAUCAGACGUCUGGUCGUUUGGUAUACUACUGACUGAACUGGUGACCAAGGGCAGAGUACCAUACCCAGGUAUGGUGAAUCGAGAGGUACUCGAGCAGGUAGAACGAGGCUACCGCAUGCCCUGCCCACAGGGGUGCCCCGAGUCCCUCCACGAGAUGAUGAGGCAGUGCUGGAAGAAGGAUCCAGACGAAAGGCCGACCUUCGAAUACAUCCAGUCCUUUUUGGAAGACUACUUUACAGCCACAGAGCCACAGUACCAGCCAGGGGACAACCUCUAGUCUGGGGGAUUUGGGGGGCGAACUCUGGCAUCACACAGAGGUACAUCAGUGGAGAGCAAAGCUUGGGACAACAGAGGACUUCAACAUGGGGAAAAGCCUUGACGAGGCUGCAGAGAAAGAGGUUUUAAUGCUACAAACUAGUCUACAACCACACUGGUAUAUCUGCAAGAAGAAAUUGUUUUCUGACGUAGAGGUUUGUCCCUUGUGUACGAGGGGACCAAAUGUUUGGGGAAGUGUCCAACUGUGCAGAUUGGUGCUGGUACGUUAAGCUCUGGGAACCUUGCUAAUCAGAAUAAUCCAUAUGGACUGGCCACAACACUGUGAUUU